AAUCAUUUGAAUGGAAUACGCAUCCUUUUCGCUAAUCUUAGUCUUUUUAUUUGUGAAAACGACUGAUAUGCACAUUUUCCUAUUUUUUUGUCGUUGUUUUUUUAUUUUCUGACUUUUUAUGUCCAUUUUUUGUGGUGGGUGACUAUUUCAUUCAUGUAUAGUCCACAAAGCAUCUCUAUCAUGCAAAGCUGAUCUCUGGCAGCUCUGGUAGCAUUUGAUGCACCAUCAUCAUUAUUUCGAACCACAGAAAGAGCAGAAAUGACAUCACGAGAAAGCACAGGAGGGUUUUUAUAUCCUGUAUAACAUAUAUGAUUCAUGCAUUAGGCUAAAGAAAAAAACCAUAAAACAGUAUACUCAAAGGUAAAAAUGAUUAGAUAGAGGAGUUUGAUGAGAAAUUUUUCGAAAAUGGUAAUGGACAAAUUGCGAAUUUUUCAAUUAAAUGUUGUUUUUUUUGUUUUUAUUUUCGACUCUUAUCCGUUUUAUUGUUUCUAGUUGAAAAACAAUUUCUCCUCGCUGGCGCUGGAAGGAAAGAGACAGAGGUUCCCCCUUCCUGACACAUUCCUGGAAUUGAGUACUUCCAGUGAGAUAUAUUUUAGUAGGAAAGUAUUCAAAAGUGCCGUCAGUACCUCAACGACUAUCGGGAAGCUUUGACCCAUUUUCCACGCUCUUUCACGAGGACUUUUCGUUGGGAGACGUACUUUUGCCCAAUUCUUGAAGAAUAGUCCGAAUGUGAGAACUCUUGAAGUGAAUUGAAUUGUGACACAAGAGCAAAACGAAAAAAUGGAAAAAAGCUAAAAUAAAACUCUGUGAAUGAAAAAAUAUCAGAGAGCUGAAGUACAAUUUUCUUUGCUAUUUUUCCUACUUGAUGUUUCUCGAGGAGUUAUUGGAGUGUAACGCAAAGUCUCUCGCUAUCAACCGUGAUUUCUUUAGGGGGUGAUGAUAGAAAAUUCAACCAAGUGCAAUUGAAUCGAUCAAGAUACUGUGUGAAUAUCUAUACUAAGAAAUUGAUCGAUUGCUUCAGUUAUUUUGUGCAAUAGUUGGCUCGUCUUCAUCAUAGACUUUUGCACCAGAAAAUUCAAAAAUUUGCAAUUUCCAUCAUUUUCAACACGCCACAUCUAGAAAGUGUUCUCACACAGGGCUUCCGGCAUAACAAUUUUGCUUGAAGGAGAAACUCCUGCAUUCUCAUUGCAAAAUAUCGAUUUCACCUUUGCGCGCUUUUUCUCCAUUAUUUGGACUUGGAUGGAUAUAACAGUGAAAUGUAAUGAAAUGGGUGCAAAUGUCAGGAUAGCACCUCCAGUGUUGCUAUCUUAACUAGUGUUUCUCCACACAGACAUUUAUUUUGUAUUUCAUCCAGUAUCUUUCUCAGAGUGAAUAUCAGAUGAGAAGAAAAAAGCAUAAAGUACAGAAUUUACAGAACAUUUUCGACGAACAGGUUAUAGUUUGCAAGAAAAGUAUCAACCACUUUGUGCUCUUGAAUAUUCUAACAGUAUCACAACCCACUCAUAUAACAUUUUAGUAAGAGACAUAUUUUCCUUGGAAGAAACCCCACCUUUCUAUGUGUGUUUUGUGUGUUUUGUGACGAAGUAAAGAGAGAACGAAGUAGAGCAUAAAAAGGUAAACUAACCCCCUGAAAUGCAAAUAAAGUGAAUUAAAGUGCUUGUGAAAAGGGAUAUAGGAUUUCCUAGCGAAUGGGAGCAAGUAGAAAAUCCUAUUGAAAGCUUAAAGUUUUUUUCAAGAAUAUCUUCAGUGUGAUAUUGGAUAAAAAGAGGUGAAACUGGUGAAAGAGUAAUGUGAUCCCAUCAUUUGACCUCCAUAUACACAAGCACAACCCCAAAGCAGCUGCUCAGACGACGAGGAAUCUCAUCCCAACCCCCAUCGACAGACGACACGACAGCGCGUCAAUUGAGUGAGGAAGCAACGAGGGAGAAAUGAUGAGGCUUCUGUGGAGUAUCAUCACGACAUUUUUCACAUUCUCCACACUAUGGCAAGAUGUAAUUUGUCUUCGAAUGGUGCGGUUAGUGGUACCGGCUUACAAAUUUCGUGGAGAAUCUGCGCUGUUGGAAUGUCUUUACGAGUUGGAAGGUCGGAAAGAUGGUUCUGACGAUAGCUACAGUUAUCAUGGUCAUUUCGAUAAUGAUGACCGUGAGACUCUUUAUUCGGUAAAGUGGUACAAAGACAAUGAGGAAUUCUACCGCUUUGUUCCUCGAGCGAGUACUCCACAACAUAGCUACAAAGUCGAUGGUAUUCGAGUAGAUCAUAAAUUCUCAGACAGCACCAGAGUUAUGCUUCGUGGAAUUACACUCAAAUCAACUGGUGAAUAUCGAUGUGAGGUUUCCGCAGAGGCUCCGGAAUUCAAAUCGAUUCAGGGCGAGGGACGAUUAGAUGUGAUUUAUCUUCCAAGGGAUGGACCUCACAUUAAGGGAGAGGAAGAGCGUCAAUACCAAGUGGGAGAUACAUUGAAGCUGAAUUGCACUUCGGGGAAAUCUCAUCCCUUUUCGCUUCUAGAGUGGUUCAUCAAUGACGAACAGGUGAAAGAUAAAAAUUCUCUUGUCAAUUAUCCACCAUAUCAACAUGCACAUGGUUUGAUUACCACGAGAUUGGGCCUGAAUCUCGAGUUGCAGCCACAUCAUUUCACCGACGGGGCUGUGCAUGUCAAGUGUGUAGCGAGUCUAUCACCGGUUCUCUGGCGUGGUGGAAAGGAAAGUAUCGUGCACACAAGACGACAGCACGUGCUUGACAAUCGCGAGGCAAUGCUUCUGGUGCGCAGUGGAUCCUCAACGCUGUCAACCAUGUCACGGCACGGAGGAAUUCUUCUGAUAUGCCUCCACCUAUUUCUUCAGCAUGGUUGCGUCUGAGAAUACACCCCUGUGAGAAAUUAAAUUUCUCUCAAAGGGGUGCCACACAAGUUUUCCAAGUGAAGAAAUCCCCCUGGGGAAUCAACAAUCGUAUUUUUCUAAGAAGCAUAGCAGCACACACUAGUUGAAUUGCGUCAAAGAGCAACUGUGAGGUGGUAAGAUGGAAAAUCUUAAGAAGUUUUAGAGAGUAUUAAGGAUACAAUAAAAAAUGUACAUAAGAGAGAUAAUUAAAUAAAAUGAGGAAAUUAAUUAUGAAUUGUAAAGAGCAAUGUUUCUAACGAACAAUUAAAUUCUAAAUAGAUUUUUUAAAUUUUAUUUCAGAAAAUUAGGUUGAUUGUAGCAUCUAAAGUUGUUUUUUUUAUCUCUUUAUUAUCAUUGAAUUUCUGUCUGAAAACCGGAAUCCUUUCGACCCUCCCACACAAAAUAUAUUCGCCUACUUAAGUCUAAAGAGGGUGAAAAAUGGGAUGAAUUAAUUAAAAAUCUUAGGAGGUGUAAUAUUUUGUGGGAAUGAGAAAAAAAAUUCAAUGUUAAAAUGCCUUGGAAAAAAUAAAUUAUUUCAGAGUCAA